GGUUGCGGAGCACUAGGUCACAAGGGCUUCAGCCACGGCCAAGGACGCACGCGGUUCCUCAUCUCUCUCCCUCUUGCUCUCGCGGAUUGCCAAGGAGAAGACGUCGGCCGACUUCUCCGCUGCGAAACUGUGUAGGCGAAUAAGAUAAGAUCUUUGGUGCGAAUAAGAGGAGACAUUUUCGGUGUGAAGAGACAGUGUUGUGUUUAUCCACUUCGUAAGCAUAAGACCGAGACAUGUCAUAGAAAUCCAUCUCACUAGAAAAAAAAAAGAAAACUAAGAACUUGUUAUGCGAACCACCACCGGCAAAAUGUGGCUCUUCAGGAACCUGGUGGCGGUUUUGUUAAUUGCCAUCGUCUCUGCUUCAACCAUCAGCCCUCCCACAUCUCCGCCAGUCACCACCACGCCCUCGCCUCCCACCGCGACGCCCUCUCCGUCAAGCACGCCAGAGAAUGAAGAAGGUCACGUGGUCGCCAGCGCCUCUAUCGCCGACGUCGAGACUCCCGCGGUGGUCGUGGAGGUCGACGAUGACUGGGAGGACGUCGAGGGAGAUGACGACGUAGACGAUGAUGAAGAUGUUUUCCCGGAGGAGGAGGAAGAGGAGGAGGAAGACACAGAGGAUGAUGAAGAUGACAUUAUCGAGCAGGACGAUGAAGAUGAGGACGAUGUGUAUGUCGAAGAUGAUGAUGAAAAUGAUGAAGUAGAAGAAUCCUCUUACGACAGAUACGACGAUGAUUCUAUCGUGGAGGACAACUCUUACGAGCACCCCGACGGCCUGACGCAAGAGGGCUUCGAAGCCAACGUCCCUCACCCUCUGCACGACGACCGCGACAUCAUCAUCGACAAGGACAACCUGGUUCCGGUGCUCCGGACGGUGAUCCUGGCCUACACCCACAAGGAGCGCCCGUCCUACAGCGAGCUCCUGAAGGCCGCGGGAAUGAGCGCCUUCAAGACUUCCCUCAAGUACAUCGGCAAGGAGAAGCUGGCGUCGAACCUCCUCUCGGCGGCCAAGAGGCUGACGAACGUCUUCGACGACGACGAGCGAGACAAUGCCACCUUGAGGGUCCUGGGAGAACUAGCGGAGGAGUACCUGGCCAAUCACCGCUUCAAGUUGGUGCUGCCCGAGAGCCUUCUGCUGCACCGCCAGGAGAUGCAGGAGUUCCUCGCGCGACAGGAAACCAUCGUGGAGAGUCGGGACUUCUCGACCUCCGAGUUAGAUAUCGCCAUGCCCCGAGCUGACCCCGGAGUCACCACCCUCCUGUCCAUCGGCCCCAUGACGUGGAUGGCCCUCAUCGGCGGCCUCGUCUCUAUCCCCUACUUCCUGUCAGACUCGCCCACGCCCGCCCGCGUCGACAACCCCGCCCGCAACCCGUCGCCCUUCCUCCAGCCCCCUCACCUGCCCUUCUACAACGUGCACACCCUCAGGAGGGACGAGCAGGAGCAGGCACACCACCUGCAGCACCUGGACCCCGAGCAGGCAGAGUACCAGCAGAGCUACGCCGAAUGGUACAACAACUGGUAUCUACGGUACAAGCAGUACUACGACGAGAACUACCCUGAACUCCGACAGGCCCACAUCCAGAACCAGCAGCAGCUACAGCAGCAGAUCGCACCGCAUCCCCCGCAGCAUCCCCCACAGCAUCCCCCACAACAUUCCCCACAGCAUCCCCCACAACAUCCCCCGCAACAUCCCCCACAGCAUCCCCCGCAACAUCCCCCACAGCUUCCCCCGCAGCAUCCCCCGCAGCAGCAGCCGCAGCCGUCCCAGCAGCAGCCCGUCCUGGCGUUCAGACAGCAGCCUCCCCGCGGCGCACAGCAGCUUCCCCGCGCCCACCCCUCCAACCAACGCCUCCAGCGCCCUCAUGCCGCCCCACGCCCGCAGCGCCCGACCAUCGACUUCAUGAGGCCCCCUCCGCCUCCUGGCUCAGAGGGCGGCCCCGUCCACGUCCGACCGGCUCAGCCAAGACCUGUGAACCCCCACCAGAACCACGUCCCUCUACAGGCCCCGAAGCAGCCGGCGCCGCAGCAGAGGCCGGGAGUCAACUCGGCUCGCCACGCGGUCAGCGCCGAGGACACGUCGGGCGGCGUCAACACCUUCGGGACGUUCCAGGACGAGGGAAAGAAGGGCGACACGCACUUCAAGGUGUUCCGGGGGGUCGACUCCGGCAGUCCCGCCACGCUGACCACUGUGAGGCCCCGCGAGCCCAGCCCUCAGCCCGUGUUCGUGCCCACCACUGAGAAGAACCUCCAGACCGAGAGCGGGUUCAAGCCGAUCAUCCGAGCCGACUCCCCCAACCCGAGGCCGACCCGAGCACCCGCCACCGUCCCGAACGUCAGGCCCGUCGGCGUGACGUCCGGCUUUAGUCCGCCCAAGCAGGAGACCGUCUUGAGCAAGAGCGUCCCUUCGACGGCGAGCCACGCGAUCUCCAGCGGAUUCCAGCCCAUUGCCUCCGCUCCCUGAGGCCGCGCUACCCAAGAAGGUUCCGGAGGGCGGCGUCAGGAAGGUCUCAGCUGUGACCUCCAAGGUGUUCAGCAGACCGUCCACGACCACCAUCCCGCCCCCCGUCACGACCCCCCAGCCGGCCAUCUUCUUCCGAACCGCCACACAGAAAUCGGUGAGGGUCGUCACUUCUUCGUCGGUCGUCCUGCCUUCCUUGUCGUCGUC